CAUCUUCUAGAACCCACUUGCAACCCAAGCCUGUUCAGGAUCUUUGAGCAGAUUACCUCUGUUACACUUACCUCAGCAGAGAUUGAGAAACAGACUGCUGUUAUCAUUGUAGACACAGAGGAAACUGUGCAGUCAGCCCCAUACUUGCAGUGGUGGGAUGCUCAAAGCGUCGUCGGACUGGCCAUUUUCAUUCUCUGCAUUUUAUAUUCCAGUAUACGCUCUUCCAACACCAGUCAAGUUAAUAAACUAACCCUAGCUACUAAAGACACCACCACACUAGAUGAAAACUAUACACAAAGUCCUGAGAUGGCAGUGGUCAUGACAAAAAAACAUGCAGAGGACAAUGAAAAGGACACUGUUCAAUACAGCUAUGCCUUCUUUCACUUCAUGCUGUUUCUGGCAUCUCUCUACAUCAUGAUGACUCUAACAAACUGGUACAGCCCUGAUGCUGACUACAAUGUGGUAACAGGCAAAUGGCCAGUGGUUUGGGUUAAAAUCUCAUCCAGCUGGGUCUGUCUCACCUUAUACACCCGGUCUCUAGUUGCUCCUAUGAUACUCACCAACAGAGACUUCACCUAGUUAUUUUUUUCCCACAUCUCUACAAGUUUAAGGAUAAAGUAAUUACACUGCAAUGAACUUUUGGCUUAGUGGAAAACAAUUUUGGAGCCACUUUGCCUAUUAACCUCUGCAUAUGGUAUGCAAUAAUUAAUUUACUGUCGUUAUUCAUCUUUUUUCCUAUUAAACGCAAAUUGCCUGUGAUUGUAAACAUACCUAUUAAGCUCACAUACCUAUUGAGCACACUUUCAUCUUUGAGCUUCAAUAUAAAUCUUAAACAAUUGAUGUGUUUGUUAAUGAAACGUGUUUGAACAAUUGAACGUGUUUAUGAAAAAAGCAUUAAGAGCGCGAUCCGCAACGAGAAGCGCUCUGCAUAAGUUCAUGCAGCAACAACACUUGUAAGAUACAGUGGCUUGCAAAAGUAUUCAUCCCCCUUC